CUUUUUCUGGAACUUAAGUUGUUCACAUAACUAUAAACUGUAAUUUGUUGCACUUGUAUUAGGCUAGAAUGGCUAACGAUAAUGACGACUUUAAGAUGUGGGGGUCCGAAAUUGUCAAGAUAUUUUUAGAAAUAUUGGUGGACGAAAUAAAGAAAGAGGGUCCUUCCAUGUCAAAGAAAGAUAGGAGUUUUUUCCCAAGGCAGUGGCAAACAAUUGAUGAUAAGAUGACUAAAAAGGUUGGAAAAAAUUAUGGGCAAAAAAAAUUGAAGGGUAAGUUCGCGCGUUUGAAGGCGAACUACACAGAGUUUGUUGCUCUGAAAAACCACACGGGUUUGGGCUGGGAUCCAAUCACUCAAACAGUGACAGCCCCAGACGAUGUUUGGGAAAAUUAUGUUCAGGCACACCCAAAUGCAAAACAAUUCCAAACCAAAGGCCUUGGACAUUAUGAGCUCAUGUCAGAAAUAUUUGCCAAGUCAUUUGCCACUGGCGCUUUUGCACGUUCUUCUCGUCAGGGUGCAUCCACAUCUGAUGACGAGCGAGAAAUGGAUGAACGCUUUCAUGCAUAUACGUCGGGAAAAGGCGUAGUAGAUGAAUCUUGCACUUCCGGAAGUAAGCGUAAGUCUAGUGGCCAGGGUCAGUCCAGCAAGAACCCAAAAAUGGACGAUGCACUGCAAUCAUGGCAACGUUCAUGUGAAGCACGUGAACGGUGUUACCUUCAAGCCGAGACCAACGCUGGGGCAGCUGAUGUGUACUCCGUUGCAGCAUGUAUGACCAUCCUAAAAUCAAUGGCCCUGGAUUCGAGCUUGUUUUUGAAGGCCAUGAACAUGUUCACAUCACUAGAAUGGCGAACCAUGUUUAUGACCAUGGAACCGGAAAUGAGGUACCUUUGGAUCCUCAGUUUGUGAGAAGCUUGGUCAUCCCACUGUUCGGUGUGAGGUUUCUGGAAAUGAAGAUGCUCGCAGAAUUGUUUGGGUGUAUUUUUCUUUAUUUUUUGCAUUUGUUAAACUUAAAUUAUAUUUGUUUUAAUUUGUUUGUUUUUGUAAUAUUCGGUUUGGACUAUGUUGGGUGUUGACCUAACUAUUUAUAUCAUGCUGUCUAAG